AUGACACAAAGAAGGCUCUCUUGUCUAAUUCUUUUUCCUCUACUUUUCUUCUCAUGUCCAAUUCUUUCAUCACCGUCUUCCCUGCGAACAUCAAAGGUUAAGGUUAAUUCGACUAUUACGGAAGUGGAGAGGAUUAUCAAGAGUUUAAACUUGUUUCCCAGUUCUGCCAUCAACUCUGGUGACCCUUCUUUCCGUCGAUUACCCGAUGCAAUGUCAUCAUCAUUGGUCGAACAACAAUUCCGCCUCCCAGCCCUUGGUGAUCCAGGGACUUCGAUUCGGAAUUUGGGUCAUUACGCCGGCUAUUAUCGACUUCCUCACUCGCGUGAUGCAAGGAUGUUUUACUACUUCUUUGAGUCGAGAAGGGGUUUGAGGAAUGACCCAGUUGUGAUAUGGCUGAAUGGAGGACCUGGAGCCAGCAGUUCAAUUGGUCUGUUUUAUGAAAACGGGCCUUACCAGAUAAUCAACCAUUCUCUUAUCUGGAAUGACUUUGGUUGGGACCAGGUGUCGAACAUAAUCUAUAUCGACCAGCCCACAGGCACCGGUUUCAGCUAUAGUUCAGAUCACUCUGAUAUUCGUACCGAUCAAGAGAGUGUUAGCAAUGACUUAUAUGAUUUCUUGCAGGUAUUUUUCCAUCAACAUCCUCAAUAUUUGAGGAACGAUCUCUACAUAACAGGAGAAUCAUAUGCCGGCCACUAUAUCCCUGCCUUAGCCACUCGGAUUCGCAAUGGAAACAAUAACGGAGAUGGAGAUCACAUUAACCUUAAGGGUAUUGCUAUUGGAAAUGGAUUGACACACCCUGUUAUUCAAUACAAGUCAUUAACAGAUUAUGCUUCAAAUAUGAGACUGAUUACAGAAACUGAAGUCAGACGUGUCGUCAGAUUGAUACCAAAAUGCGAGGAAGACGCAGCUAGAUGCAAUUCAAGGAUAGGAGGAGUAGGAGGGAGCUGUAUGGAAGCAUAUUCUUCUUGUACUGCCGUAUUCAAUCGUUUAUUAGAAUAUUAUGGCUCUAAUAGAAAUUAUUACGACAUUCGGAAGGAACGUGUGGGUGGAAUGUGUUAUGAUUUCUCGUAUAUGGAAAAUAUGUUAAAUAAUGCAACGAUUAGAACAUCCAUUGGAGUUGGAAAUAUUCGGUUUGUAUCCCUGAGCGUAACUAUUUUUAAUGCAAUGAUUAAUGAUUGGAUGAGGAAUCAUGCAGUGGAAAUUCCUGCUCUUCUUGAAGAUGGAAUUAAGGUAUUGAUAUAUGCAGGAGAAUAUGAUCUCAUCGUGAAUUGGAUUGGAAUCUAUAGGUGGGUUACUGAGAUGAAUUGGUCGGGUCAAAGAACAUUCAAUGAUAAAGACUUAGUUUCAUAUGUAGUCGAUCAUGCUAUGAAAGGAGAACUUAAAGAAUACGGACCUCUGACAUUCCUUAAGGUUCAUGACUCGGGGCAUAUGGUUCCUAUGGAUCAACCGAAAGCGGCAUUAAAGAUGCUGGAAAGAUGGACACAAGGUGGUACCCUUAUGUCAAGAGAAUAA